AUGGAGGGUGAGGUUGCGAUGGAUGACUUUCCGACCACUCCGCUGCGUGAAGGGAUGCCUACAGGGCACAAUGGCUCGAGAAAGAAUGAGGUGGUUUUGCAAGGUGAACAUUUGAAAGCGCACCCGCAUGGCCUAUCGGCAAAGAGGAGACUGGAGAAAGAUAUUGGAGAAGAAAGUUGUGCUGGUUUGAAAGAGCUAUCAGAUGAGUCUUUGGAUUGUGUUCGAAGGAGUCAGGAAGGGCAGCGAGAUGUGUCAGCUUGCCGAAAUGAGCAGAAGAACCCGUUGGAUCAGAUCGAUAUCAAUAGGAUGUUCUCCGGAACUCAGGAUGCAGCUGAAGCUGCAGACGAUUCGACCAUUUUUGUGAAACACUCGCCGAUAAGGUUCGAUAUGAGCUCACCCGUGAAGCAUAACGCGGGUAAAGAAGAGGACGGCCAACAGCCUAAGAGACUCAAACUGGAGCUGGAAUGCGUUCCGAAUUUGGGACAGCCGGGUGGUGUAAAUGGUGCUGUCGAUGAAGAGCCUCCUGUGGGCUCACCAGAAGCGAUAGAGAUGAUAGAGGCCAAGAGCAGUCCCAUGAAGGAUUUCAGCCAAGUGGCCUACGAGGCUGAUCACAACGGGAACAAUGGGCUUUGUGAUGAGCUGGCAAGCGGGGCGAAUACAACACCAGGGCGCCCCAGUUCUUGUCUGCAUACUUUGAGUCCCGUUCAUCACAGCGCUGAUGCAAAUGGUGAACAGUUUGUAUUAGAAUUAGACGAGAAUGAUGAUGGGCAAGAAAUGUUUCAGAUGCUUACGACUAGAAAUGAGGAGCUGAUCAGGCAGGUUCAUGUGCUAAACCAGAAAUUGAACAAGAUGAUGACGACCUGUGAUAUUACGUCUUACCGUUACAAAAAAAUGCAAAGUGAUUUGCAGCCACUUUUAAAAGAUUGUCAAGCAAAAUUGAAUGAAAGCUAUAAAGAAUUGCAGGUUGUUACUGAAGAGCGUGAUAGCCUUAGAGAGAGGACGGUUAAGCUUAAAGAGCGAAUUGACGAAAAUCGGGAUGAGGUUAAGAUGCUGAAUCAAAACCAAUCCAUAUUGCAAAAGAAAUAUAUUAGCUUGAUGAAUGAGAUAGAAAGUGCAAGGAAUAAAUAUGAAGAGCUUGAGUCCAAACAUAGAAAUCUGGAGGAGCAACAUAACGAAGACGAAAAACGAAAACAAAUUCUGAACGAUCGGAUCGAUGAAAUGGCGGCGCAAAUAUCCGGAAUAUCUGCCGAAAAUACGAACCUAAAGAAACUCAAUGAAGAUUUAAUCAUAGAGGUAAAGUCUGUUGAAGAAGAACUCGAUACCAAGACGAACGAAGUAAGAAAAUUACAAGAGCAAUUGCAGGAAGCGGUAGAUGCAGAAAAAGGUGCCAAUGAUCAGGUAGCGAAGCGAAUAAAUGAAUUGGUAGCACAGAGGGCAGAUUUAGAGAGUCAAUUCGAGAACUACAAGGCCAAAUCAGAAACAGGAAACAAGGAGCUAGUAGCGCGCGUCAGAGAGGCUGAAGAUCGCUUAGACAGGAAGGUUAGUGAGGUGCAAAGUCUCCAAGACAAGCUAAACAAAAUGGUGCAAGAUGGAUUGGUGAAGGAUACACUUAUAAAAGAGCUGAAAAGGAAACUUGAAGAAGCUAAUGAUAAGUCUGAGAUAGAUAAGGCACAGGUCACGGAGCUACAAAAUGGAAAAGCGGAGCUAGAGCGUAUCAAUGGAUGCAUGGAAAGCUCCAUUGCCGAAUUGGAAGAAAGUCUCAGGGAAUGGCAGGCGAAAUACGACGAGCAAGCUGAAAAACAGAAGUUAUCCGUUGAGCUAGAAGCCAUCCAACUGAAAAACAGCAACAUUGAGGCAGAACACUUGGCCGAAUUAGAGCAGCUGCAUUCCAAUUUGAGUGCCUUGCAAGAAGACCUGAAACAAAAUUCAAAAAUUAUUGGCGAAUUGAGAGAUGAGAAUGAAUCGCUACGGCGAACAAAGCAGUCGAUCGAGGCCAAGCUCGAAGAAACCCUACAGAAAGAAGCAACUAACGAAGACCAAGAUCUUGUGAAAUCGUUACAAAAAGAGCUGGAAUCAUGGAAGGAGAAGUACCAGCUGAAAGAACAAGAAUCAAACAGAUCUCUCAAGCUACUUGCUGAGGAUCUUUACGUUCAGUACUCCUCAAAGCAUGAACAAAAAGUGAAGCUUUUGAAGAAAGGCUACGAAACAAAGUUUCAAGGUAAACUCGACAAGUUAAUGCUGCAGAACGAAGGCCUCACCCAAGAGAUUGAGCAAGUAAAAUCAAAUUUGGCUGCAGAAAGGAAGGAGAAACAAAAGUUGAUUGAUUUGCUCGAGAGCAGAAAACCGCAAGAAUAA